GAGUACGGGGAGUGUGGGCUCGUUUCAGUCAGAGGGAGACACUGAAAAAGUUAGCAGCGGAUUUUCUCCCCCAGCAGCUCCUUCCUCAACACCACCAUGGCUAACAAAGCCCAGCAGCCUCCUCACCUGCACUUGGCCGAGGUCACCGCGUCCCAGUUCCUCGACAUCUGGAAACAUUUCGAUGUGGACGGUAACGGGUUCAUUGAGGGAAAGGAGCUGGAGAACUUCUUCAGGGAGCUGGAGGUCGCCCGGAGAGGAGCAGGAGUGGACCCGACAAAUCCAGCCUUCAGAGAAAGGAUGAAGGAGUUCAUGCAGAAGUUUGACAAGAACAAAGAUGGCCGCAUUGAGAUGUCGGAGCUGGCCCAGAUUCUCCCGACUGAAGAGAACUUCCUGCUCUGCUUCAGACAGUUUGUCAGCUCCAGCGCGGAGUUCAUGGCGGCGUGGCGGCGAUACGAUACGGAUCGCAGCGGCUACAUCGAAGCAAACGAACUCCAGGGCUUUCUGUCGGACCUGCUGGAGAAGGCCAACAGACACUAUGAUGAAAAGAAGCUGCAGGAGUACACACAGACAAUACUGAAAAUGUUUGAUCUGAAUGGAGACGGGAAGCUGGGCCUGUCGGAGAUGGCGAGGCUUCUCCCCGUUCAGGAGAAUUUCCUCCUCAAGUUCCAGGGCGUCAAGCUGACCUCUGAGCAGUUCAACUCCAUCUUUAACUACUACGACAAGGAUGGGAACGGCUACAUCGAUGAGCAUGAGCUGGAGGCUCUGCUACGAGACCUUUACCAGACCAACAAGAAGGAGCUGGAUGUGAACAACCUGAUGGGCUACAAGGACAGCAUCAUGAGCCUGUCGGACGGGGGGAAGCUCUACCGCGGGGAGCUGGAGAUCGUCCUCUGCAGGGAGCCCAUUGUGUGAUUUUUCAUCCUCUCUUUUGCAUCUCUCUUCCUCCGCCUGACUCUCCUCCUCAGACCUCACCUGUUUCCAGCUGAGUGGCAACAUACUCCAGGUGCAUGCGCCGGACCUCCCCCCUUUUCAUUUCCCUCCAAAUAGAGAAAGGAUGAGAAGUGCCCCGUCAGCACAAAGUAGCUGUUCUUCCUUAAACUCUUAUUUUGUGAAACAAGACCUCUAACAUGCCCCCCCCCCCCCCCCCCCCAGUUUCCUGCCUGUCCUAGAUGACCCCGUCUGACCUUCUCCCUCCUCAUGUUGUGCCUAAAAUGCAAAGAUCCAAAACCCUGUCUCUCCUCUGAAGUUUUCCCAGAUCCAGUCCUAGCUUCAAAGUCACAAUCAUCCCGUCGCUCUGUCUUUGCAUUAGAUAUCAAACCUGCAGACAAACGUGUUUUGAGUGAUUGCUUUUAAGAUGUGAUGAAACCAACUCUCCCACUUCGCUUUCUUCUUCAUCUUCCAUGGUAUCUUUUUCAUUUUAACGUUGUUUUGGGCUGAAACUGUCGACGAAAGAUGUUAAUAAAGUAUCUUAAGAUAAAAUUGUCUUACAGAUUGUAUAAUUGG